AUGAAUAUAACUAACAAUAAUACUGAGAAUAAUUUAUCAUUUUCAAAUCAUGAAAAUCCGAUACUUGAAAAUUUAUUUGGUUAUGCGGGGACAGCGUUGCUUUCUAUUCAAUUAUUACCUCAAGUCUAUAAAAGUUGGAAAAGGAAAAGCACGAAAGGGCUUUCAUCGGCAAUGAUGUUAUUAUGGGGAAUCUCAUCAGUUUUAUUUAGUGUUUACAGCAUCGGAGUUUCUCUUUCAAUUCCAAUUUUACUACAACCUCAACUGUUUGGUUUACUAUGUUUGAUAUGUCACGUACAAUGUCUUUAUUAUAGUAGUAAUAAAUAUCAUAAAUACGGUCAUGAAAAAGAUAACGAUAACAAAGUAGUCAAUACUGAAGAAAAUAAUAUAGAUUCCACGACAACCACAGUAAUUUCUGAUAAUGAAAGGAAACUUAAAUUACGCAAUCAUCAGAUUAAAUGCGUCAUUUUAUUUUCAUUGUGGAUAUUAUUAUUUGCAGCAAUUCAAACGGGCGGUAUAUUUUGCAUAAAGAAAUCACGUGAAAGAAAUAUUUCAUGGCCUGAACAUGCUAUAGGAAUUCUUGCGUUAGUGCUUGCGUUGAUUGGUUUUCUCCCACAAUUUUAUGUAAUAUUUCUCGAAAAACGGGUUCAUGGUAUUUCUUUUAUAUUCACUAUUAUGGAUAUGGUUGGUUCAGCAUUCGAAUUGCUCAGUUUGGUAUUUGCGCCUCCACCUUUCAACGUUCUUGCAUCA